GGGACCCAAGACCUUGACACCUGAUUGACAGGGACUGUCAGUGGAAGAGACUCUGCCGCGGGUGAAGGAUGGAAGGGGCUGGCUCGGUGCUCCUGGGCAGGGAGGAAGAGCCCCGUGGCUGAUGGAGGAGCUGACCCCUGACCGGCAGCGCCCCUGAGCCCCGCGGCAGGAAGAUGGCACGGCGGGUCAGGCUGCACAGCCCCUCACACUCAGACCUGCUGCUGCACCGGGCCGGUGAGCUGAGGCAUGCACAGGCCCUUUGUGAUGUGUUGGUGCGUGUGGGCCAACGGGACUUCCUGGCCCACAGCUUGGUGCUGGCCUGCGCCAGCCGCACCCUGGCCCGGCUCCUUCUGCUGCAGGGCCCCAGCAAGCUCUGCAGUUUGGACUUCCUCGCACCAGCCACCUUCAAGCACGCCCUGGACUUCGCCUACACUGGCAGCCUUGAGGUGGCACCUGAGGAGCUCACCAGCCUCCUGGCCACUGCCCGGGAUCUGGAGAUGGAGGAGCUGGAGCAGGCUUGCCUCAGGGCACUGGGAACUGGAGGACCCGAUGAGACUGGCAUUGGCAACAGGGCUGGUGGCCAUGAUGGAGUUGGCGUUGGCGACAGGACUGGUGGCCAUGAUGGGGUUGCCACUGGUGACAGGACUGGUGGCCAUGAUGGAGUUGCCAUUGGUGACAGGUCUGGUGGCCCUGACGAAGUGGGCGUUUGUGACAGGACUGGUGGCCAUGAUGGAGUUAGCAUUGGCGAGUGGGCUGGUAGCCAUGACAGGGUUGCCAUUGGCAACGGGGAUGGUGGCCCUGAUGGAGAUGUCAUUGGCGACAGGGCUGGCAGCCAUGACGGGGUUGGUGCCCAAGACACAAGGAAGGAGGCAGUGGAUGGGAUGUCCCAGAUGAAGUCUGUGGUCACCAGCCCUGUUGGCAAGACUGUAGCACCAGGCAACCACAACCUAGUUUUAUUGGCCGAUGGACCCUGCCUGGCCCUGGCUAGGCCAGACAGUAAGUGGAGCCAAAUCCAAGAUGGCAGCUUGGCACCCAGUUGGGUCUUGUUUGAACAGUCCUCCCUCAAGCCACGGGAAAGCGUCAUCACGGCCCGGCCACUGCCUCAGGAGCGCCACGCCCAUCCCUGGCCGCCAGAGGCACUCUGGGGGCCAGAGGGGGUGGUUGCUGGCUACCAGCCCUGCCCGCCAUUGCUCAGCUACCAGUUGCGGUCGCUGCCUUCGCCCUUGGGUGACCUGGGGCCCGGGCAUAUGGCUCUCUCGGCGUCCGUGGGUUUCCAUGGCUACAUCCGACCCUUCCCCUGCGGGCUGGAGACAGGGAAGCCGGGCGCCCCCAUUGGGAUCACGGGCAGAGAGAAGCAACCGGAAGACCAGAGGCUGCCGGUGGCUCCGGCCAAGAGCUCGGCGUACGACCUCUGCCCGCAGCGGGGCCCGGACGCCCUGCGCCUCCCAUUGCUCUGCCACCCACGCCCGGCAGAGCUGUGA